UCCCCUCUCUGUUGCUCGUGAAUCGAUCCGUGAUGGAUUGAUGUCUCCAAAUGCUGAUGCGCCCGCUCGUCCCAUAUAUAAGCGACGCGCCCGCCGUGCCGCAUUCGACGCAGCCAGCGAGACGAGAAGACCCAGCCCAGCCACAGCACAAGACCAGCCCGCCCCGGCACUCCUAAAGACCUCUCUCGUUGAAGCACAGGAGUAAGACAAAGAAAGAGGAAUGGACGCGCUGAAGAAAGGUUUCUCCAAGGCGAAAGAGGGCGUGAGCUCUGCCGCAGAGAAGACCAAGCAAGGCGUGACGGACGCGGCCGGGAAAACCAAGGACGGAGUCGUGGCCGUGGGCACCAAGACCAAGGACGGCGUGGCUCACGGAGUCAGCACCGGUACGGCGACUCAUCUCAUCCCCGGCUCACCGCACGUCUCCCUCACGACACCAGUGGGGGGAGGUGGCCGGCAAGACGAAGGAGGGGGCCCAGGCGGUGGGGGGCGCCGUGGUGAGCGGCGCCAACGCCGUGGCCACCAAGACGGUGCAGAGCGCCGAGAACGUCGCCUCCGCCGCGGGGAUUCACGCCAAGGAGCGCAAGGAUGAGGACAAAGAGGCGGAGACGGCACCCGGAGCGGACGAGGCUGCACCACAGGAGUAGUAAAGUUCCGCGGAAUCUGCUGCUCGUGCCGCCCGUGCCGCCCAUUUGACGUCUGGGGGAUGCGUUCGUCGUCGCUGUCACCACGCAGAGUUGCUCAGCGCCACCACGCUCAGCAUCUCGCCCGUUCAGCACCACCACGCUCAGCACCACCACGCUCAGCACCACCACGCUCAGCACCACCACGCUCAGCGUCUCGCCCGCUCAA